UUUUCUGUUUUAGGUAAUUUAGCCUUGUGUCUAGUUAUGUCUGGCCGUGGUAAACAAGGUGGCAAGGCUCGUGCUAAGGCCAAGUCCCGGUCGUCCCGUGCCGGCCUGCAAUUCCCGGUUGGUCGGGUGCACCGCCUGCUGCGCAAAGGCAACUAUGCCGAACGGGUCGGGGCCGGCGCGCCGGUCUACAUGGCUGCGGUGCUGGAGUACCUAACGGCUGAGAUCUUGGAGCUGGCGGGCAACGCCGCCCGCGACAACAAGAAGACGCGUAUCAUCCCUCGCCACCUGCAGCUGGCCAUCCGCAACGACGAGGAGCUGAACAAGCUGCUGGGCAAGGUCACCAUCGCCCAGGGCGGCGUCCUGCCCAAUAUUCAGGCCGUGCUGCUGCCAAAGAAAACCGAAAGCCACAAAGCCAAAAGCAAAUAAA